AUGAACUGCAUCAACACGGCCGGCCACCACGAGAUGCACAACCUGUGGGAGUGGUACGACAGCGAGCUCACGCUCAGGUGCGCCAUUGUCACUGGCGCAAAGGGCGGGAAGAAGGAGGCGUUUUGUGCCGGGCAGGAUUUGAAAGAAUGGCACACCUCACUAAAAACCCCCACAUCCACCACCGCCGCCGAAGGCCCCUCCCACCCCCCCAGCGGCUUCGCCGGCCUCUCCCAACGCACCGGCAAAAAACCCAUAAUAACCGCCAUCUCGGGCCUCACCCUCGGCGGCGGCUUCGAGCUCACCCUCAACGCAGACCUCACCCUCUGCACCCCCACCUCCACCUUCUCCCUCCCCGAAUCGCUCAUCGGCGUCGCCGCCUUCGCCGGCGCCCUACCGCGGCUCACGCUGCUCGUGGGGCUCCCGCGCGCCAGCGAGCUCGCGUAUACCGGCCGUGUGUAG